GGGGAGAGUGAGAGGACUAAAGGAGGGGAUAGGGAGCGAAGAUCAGUCAGGAGGGUCUGCAUGAGGGGGGUUGAGGACAGCCCUGGGAGGCCCUGUCUUUGGAGCAGCUUUGGGACUCUGGACAGGGCCCUUUUCUCCCUGAGCCUCAGUUUCCCCCUCUGUACCCUGGGGAGGGAAUACACUUGCCUUGUCUCUAUAGCCCCUUUCAAGCUCAGAAACAACGAAGCGAUGAUGAUGAUGAUGACGACGACGAUGACGGUGAUGAUGCCAGUUUGUAUUGAGGGUUUGCUGUGUGUCAGGCAUAGCCCAGUUUCUCCAAGGAUUUUACCAUGAUUCAUUCAUUUCACCCUUCACCAGUCUAAGGAGAUGGGCACUGUUUUCCCGCCUAGUUGUCCUGCAUGACCGUCAUCUGGCGUGUUCACCCCUGCCCUCAUCACUUACCCUCUCCCUCCCUCAGGUCGCCCUCCUUGCUGUUCUUAGAACAAACCAGGAACUACUCACCUUGGGGCCUUUACAUGGCUGUUCCCUCGGCCUGGACACUUCCCCAGCUAUUCACCUGUCCCCCCCUCCCUCCAGGCCCUGCUCAGAGGGCCUUCCCUGGCCACCGGGGCCAAAGGAGCACCUCCACCCCCAGCAUUCCCUUUCCUCACUACCUGACCUUUCUUUACCUCUGACUGUUGCCACCCCCCUGUCAGUAGGGCCAUCAUCCGAUCCCGAGAUCCCCAGCACCCAGGGUGGCACCUGCUCUAAAGAUAAGGAAUCCGGCUCCCAGCGAGGUUAAGUCACUGCUCACGUCCCUGCACACAGCUCGCCUGGAGUGAGCCGGGGCAGCCCGGGCCGCCUUGUGAACCAGCCCCAGAGCCCAGGCUGAGGCGGAGGCCUGGCUCUCUCUUCUAGCUCCAACCGCGAGCAGUAGCUCUGCGGCUGAGAAGCGACACUGGCCAUGGACCAGCCGGCCGGCCUGCAGGUGGACUACGUCUUCCGGGGUGUGGAGCAUGCCGUGCGGGUGGUGGUGUCGGGACAGGUGCUGGAGCUGGAGGUGGAGGACCGCAUGACGGCUGACCAGUGGCGGGGCGAGUUCGAUGCCAGCUUCAUCGAAGACUUGACUCACAAGACAGGGAACUUCAAACAGUUCAGCAUCUUCUGUAACAUGCUGGAGUCGGCCCUCACCCAGAGCAGCGAAUCCGUCACCCUUGACCUGUUGACCUACACAGAUCUGGAGUCCCUGCGGAACCGCAAGAUGGGGGGCCGCCCAGGUCCCUCAGCCCCGAGGUCGGCCCAGCUCAACUCCAAGCGCUACCUGAUUCUCAUUUACUCCGUGGAGUUCGACAGGAUUCACUACCCGCUGCCCCUCCCGUACCAGGGCAAGCCGGACCCCGUGUUCCUUCAGGGCAUCAUCCGCUCACUGAAGGAGGAGCUGGGCCGCCUUCGAGGGCUGGACGGCCAGGACCCUCGGGACACCCGGGAUGCUGAGCUCUGGCACCUGCGGGAGCAGGCGUCGCGCCUAGCCUCCGAGAAGCGGGAGCUGGAGGCCCAGCUGGGUGGGAUGGACGAGAGUGGGGAGGCACGAUCCGGUGACGCCAGCCUCCUCUCUCCACACCUCCCGCCCCUCCUAGGUGGCCGCUUGCCCCGUUUUGACCCCACAGCCUUUGUGAAAGCCAAGGAGAAAAAGCUGCGAGAGAUCAAGAUGAAGGGAGGCCCACCGUGUCCUCUCCCUCUAGUGGACAGUUUCCGCAGCCGCUGCUCGUCCGCCAGCUCCUGCAGCGAGUUGGAGGAUUUCUCCGGAUCCCUCUCUAGAGGCAUUCGCCGCCACCGUGGGAAGCGGCCCAGCUCCACAACCUUGAGUGGGUCCAAUACGUUGCAGAAGUUCACCCCCAUGGAACGUGGGCGUCGACCGAAGCAUCUGGCCAGUUCUGGGGGCUGGGUCCCCAUCAAAGAGUAUAGCUCUGACUACCAGGCAACCGACAUAGCAGAAAUAGACGCCCGUUUGAAGGCCUUGCAGGAAUACAUGAACAGACUGGACACACGGUCAUGACCUUGAGAAGGAGCACUGCCCCUCCAUCCCUUACCCACCAAUGGAUUGGUAUGGGGGGCGGGGCUGGUGUGUCCUUCCAGCCCCGCCCAGGCCCCGCCCCUCCUGGUGUUCUUGGGGUCUCAGGUGUGUGAGGCCCCUACCCCUCUCCCUCUCCCAGGCAUUGCAUGCUGGGAGGGAGGGUCUGUGUAUUUUGUAAAUAAACAUAUUUACCCUUGGGAUCCCUAAGCUUAUGACUGAAGGGUAGGGGUGGAGGGGGGAGAUAUCAGGACUGGGGGGACCUGUGUGCAUUUCUGGGCAUGUCUGUGACUGGGAGGCAGGUUGGGGUUCAGCCUCAGGAAAAAUCUUGCACUUGAAAGCAGUGAAAGUUGGGGGACCUGCGGGGUGACAGUGAGCAGCCCAUCCCAGAGGGGUCCAAGCAGAGGUCCUGCAGGGGCGGUGUUUGGCUGUGUGGUGGGAGGGGGGCCUCGCAGCAUGGCUCACUGCCUGGGAGGACCCCGAGCUGCUGCCAGUGACAUCUGGGCGGCUUGCUGCUGACCCCUGCGCGCUGACCUGAGAACUCCGGGUUCUGAGCUGUGAUGCUGCUCUGAGUUGGGACCUCUCGGGUGAUGGUUCAGGGUUGGGGCCUCUGGGAUCCGAGUACCAGCGAGGACCGCGUGCUGGGAGGUGGGUGAGAGUGGCUAAGGUCUUUGUGGGAGGGAGGCGGGGAGGGGAGGCGUGUGGCGGACACAGGAGCACAGUUGGAGUUGCACUUUUAUUGGAGGG